AUGGCUUCUUAUGCUUCUCCCAUUGGUAAAAAGUCCAAACAGCAGACAAUUGAAGAAUUUCUCGUUAAAGCUCUCACUCCUACAAAUUGUAAUUCACCGGAUUCCAGUAAAAUUAGAGAUCUUUCUUCUACAAAUUGUAAUUCACCGAAUUCCAGUAAAACUAGAGAUCUCUCUUCUACAAAUUGUAAUUCACCGAAUUCCAGUAAAACUAGAGAUCUCUCUUCUACAAAUUGUAAUUCACCGAAUUCCAGUAAAACUACAAAUAAAUUUAAAACACAGGACUCUGGUUGUCGUACUCCAAGUACGCCUUUAUGCAAGGGUAUUUCAUUGUCAACAGGCUUACCUUGCAAACGCCCUGUUGUUUCAGAUAACUAUUGUUUCCAGCAUAAAACUCAGAUAAAUGGUAGAAGUCCAUUCGGUAUACCUACCCCAACGCGAAAAAUUCAACUAUCAGACAAUGAUGCGAAAA